GUGGAGGUCAGUUCGGUCACCGCAUCUCUGUUUUCGAUGGUGCUGGUGCUAAGCUGAAAGUGUGCGUAUGUCGUCUUUUAGAUGAACGACGCUGAGCAUCUUCGGGCAUCUUCCUCCUCGUCAACGCGGGCGACAACGCCAGUCCUGCCGCGAUGGACGUACUCCGAGCUGCUGUCGAUCUACGCCGAGUUCCUGGUCGUCAGUGUACACACUAUACUCUUCGAGCGGAGGAUAUACCCCGCCGAGUCCUUCUUUUUGGCUAGGAAGUAUAAUUAUCCGGUGCGGCAGUCACGACAUCCUGAAGUUUGCGAAUGGGUGCGCAAUGCAGUCAGCGCGUGCGUUGAGCAGAUGAGGACCGGAGAGGUUUCGAGAAUCUCGGUGGUGUUGAUUUCAGUCUCAAAUGUUCCGCUUGAGAGAGUGGUCUUUGACGUCUCUGGAUUUCCCAAGAUCCCUCUUAGAGAUCAAGAUCGAGAUUUGAAAAACAUCGAGCUAAAAAGACCAGACAUGGACGAGCAAUUCCGAGUCUGCAUAAUGAAACUAUCAACAAUGUCCCCCAUGCUCGGCACCCUCCCUACAGACUGCACCUUCACAAUCACCAUCGAGCUCAACGACGACGCCGAAGCGCCUACGGGACCUACUUCGAAAUGGGUCCCCGCCGAAAGUCAGCCGCAGGAGCGAGAUCCGCUGCCAGAGGUUACCGCGGCGUCCGACGACGGGAAUAUUGCAGUAAAUGGGAACGUUAAGACGCCGCCGAGAAAUGGGAUGUUGCCGAAGUUUAACCCGUUGAGGCAUAUAUAUAUGGGCCCAUUAAGCUUUGAUGUUUGGGUAGAAGAGUCAAAAGCGAAGGAGAAGUUGCCAGCCCGCUGAUGCAGCGGCCGAGUUAAAUACUGGAGACAUUAUAUGGAGGUGUUCUACUUUCUAUUGCUGAUCAUAUCUUCCUUCCGUCUAUCGAUUACAGAAAACCAACGACAAACGGCACGCACAAUGAAACCCAAGCCAACCUAUCAUUUCAAUCCAAACAAUGCUUUACAGUUCUCAUAUACCAGGUAGCUGAUGCUGACCGCCGGAGCAACUUUCAGCAAGUUUGGCACUAGACCCCGGAACAAAGCGUGGUAACCCUCAUUUCGAAUCGUUUUUUGAAGGACCUAGAGCGAUUUAGUCAGUCGAUGUUGAUGAAGUCAUAUGAAAUACAAAAAAUAACUUACGUCUCUCAUUCCUGUAUAUGU